GUCCCGAACCCAUCAUCGAGAAGCACUUCCAAUCGCCUCCGUGCUAUGCGCUAAGAGAGUUCCUCGAGCGAAGUUUUCCAACUUUUCAGGUUCCCAACGCAUCUUUCCUACUCGCCAAUCAUCAGAACCUAGAAGAAUGUCGAUCAUCAGGCGGAGCAACAUCUUCGACCCCUUCUCCCUCGACGUCUGGGAUCCUUUCCAGGGCUUCCCCUUCGACGCCUUCCGCUCGCUUACCGAGUCCCGCCCCACUUUCGCGAGCGAGACCUCCGCUUUCGCCAACACCCGCAUCGACUGGAAGGAGACUCCGGAGGCCCAUGUCUUCAAGGCCGACCUCCCGGGAUUGAAGAAAGAGGAGGUGAAGGUGGAGGUGGAGGAGGGCAGGGUCCUCCAGAUCAGCGGCGAGCGCAGCAGGGAGAAAGAGGAGAAAAACGACAAGUGGCACCGUGUCGAGAGGAGCAGCGGCAAAUUCCUCCGGCGCUUCCGGCUGCCGGAGAACACCAAGGUGGAUCAGGUGAAGGCAUCCAUGGAGAACGGGGUGCUAACUGUGACCGUGCCCAAAGAGGAAGUCAAGAAGCCGGAGGUGAAGGCCAUUGAGAUCUCCAGCUGAGUUUUGAAGUAGUUUUUACCAAUCAGAAAGCGCAAGCCUUGUCGUGUACUUUUCAUAUGAGACGUAGAAAAUGUCAAUGGUGUGAUCUGCUACUACUGCUUGGUGUACGUAUAUACGGUGCUAAAUUGUGCUCGCUAUGUAAUGGUGUAUUUAUGUAAUCGCUGUAUCUCUAAAAAUGUACUUGGCUUUUGCUACAGUACUCUUAAAAGUUUUUUCCGUCCUUUUACUUCUGCAUA